CCGGGGAUUUACGCGGAAAGGGCAAAAUAUUCCCCGCCCAGGCUUCAUUCAGCCUCCGAUUACGGGGUGGCUUUGGGUGAAGAGCACGCGCUCCCAUUGGCCGAGGGGCUAAUAUGGCGGUGUUAGGGGUUGCAAGGUGGGGCUGGUGUACGCGAUAUUAAGGGCUGCUUUCAUGUCCGACGAGCCAGUGCGUGGUGCGCCGUCGAGUGACGCAUUUUCUGUCGAGAAGGUGGAGAACGACGUUCGGUCCUUCUGCCUCCUCUCAGUCUCUGUCUUUCUUUUAUUCGCACGUUUCCCUUCGCGUACUUUCUUCCGUCUGGACCGCAGACGGUGCAUUCGACGGAGGUACACGCGACUCGGCGGCAGAUUCAAUUUGCGCGCGUGCCACCCGGGACAGGAGAAUCUAUGAUUUGCCAGUGAUUUUCGUGGAUCAAGGACUGCUAUUUCGCAUUGCAAUUUAUUUGCGCGAAAGCUUACAUCAGUGAUUUCCGAAGGCAAACUGACUCCCGACUCAGAUAUGGCCCAGACUUAUAAUCAGAAGAGAAAUGUGUACAGCAUCGACCAGAUAUUGGGUCACGGCAAAGAUGAAGACCACGCGACAUCGUCUGACGCCGUGGUUGACGGUGGCGAUACGGAGCUCGGUCACCUGAGCGAUCAUCAAAUCAACGACGCGCUGCACGAUCCUUUGAAUCUGGGUGAAUCCGAUCGGCCACGCAAGGUGCGAAGAUCACGCACGACUUUCACGACCUAUCAGCUGCACGAGCUCGAGAAGGCCUUUGGGAACACUCAGUACCCGGAUGUGUUCACCAGGGAGGAGCUGGCGAUGAGACUGGACCUUUCGGAGGCUAGAGUACAGGUAUGGUUUCAAAAUCGGCGUGCAAAAUGGCGGAAGAAGGAAAAGGCUCUAGGUAGAGACACAAGUUUUAUGCACGUUGAACAAGGCGGUGUUAACGAGUUGUCCCUUUACGCGCGGCUGCUGCAAACGGCCAGCGGCGUUCCCGGCGCGGACUCCUCAGGCCCGCCGACGGGCGCGUUUCCCUGGUUCAUACCCCCGGUUUUCCCAUCACCCUGGCCACCGAGCGCGCCCAAGCUGCCGCCGCUGCACGCGCUCCUGUCGCAAUACAUCGGCCUGCCGUUGCCACAGAACCUCGCGUCGCUCGGCACGAUGCUCCCGGUCGGCCUGAAUCCGAGCGCGUCGUUGAAUCACAGCAACGUGAACGGCCACUCUCUGGGCGGCCAUUUGCACGGGCAUCCCUUGAACCUCGGGGUGCAGAGCAUACCGCAGAACCUAAGUUCGAAGAAUGACAGGGAGGAGGACUCGGCGUCGUCUGACGACGAGAUCAGGAAGCAGAGCGCGGAAGUGCUGAGAGUGAAGGCGGAAGAGGCGCUACGCAAAGCGGACAAUUAACUGUGAGACUUAGGGAUUUUUGUAAAUACGAAGGACCCUCGGUUCACCCAAACCGUCGUUUGAUACCAACGUAAAUAUUUUCCGUUCGGUGAUUAUCCGCGAUUCUAUGGUAUCCUGUAUGCGUCAGAAGAUUAUUUCGUUUGUCAGGCUGCAAGGGUAUGGAUUCAAAAUCGUUCAUACAAUUCAAUAGGCAUUUUAACAUGGUAUCCCGGGAGAAAAUGUUUUUGCCACUGAACUGUAAAAGUGAGAGAAACUAAUAAAACUCUCUGUGAUAGCAAAAACUAAUAAAUGUUUUUUGCAUUUUCUUCCGGGACACUCUAUUCGAAUAGGAAAUAUUUGAAUAGAAAGUAAACAAUAUUUGAUACACGUUUGGAUAUUUGUUGUGACCAGAUCGAUAUUAUUAAUUUUGAACAUAUUUGAUCAGCAGCAUAGUCCAAUCAAUAAAUUGUUGAAUGAACUUACACAACUUCAGUGCUAAUUAGAUGUUGACAUAAGAUGCUGUAAUAAGUUUACCGUAUAUUAGUUAUUAAUCGAUAAUUGCUGAUUGAAUAUAUGCAGCCCUUUGAUCUAGAACCAUUGAGACUUGAGAAUCGCAAAUUCGAACAUGUUUUGAAAAAAUGCAAACUUAAAGCAAAAACAAAAA